AUGGCGCAUGCUAUCGAUUUCGACAUCAGCGAUGAACAGUCUAUCAAAGACGCGGCGAGUACUUCGGCUUAUUCAAUGAUGACCUGGUAUUAUGGCAAUGAAACCGGUCAGAUUCCCGGAGCAUUUCCCGAUAAAUGGUGGGAGGGAUCUGCUCUCUUUCUUGCACUCCUACAAUACUGGCACUUCACCGGCGACACUACCUAUAACUCGGAACUUAGUAUUGGUCUGCAAUGGCAAUCAGGCGAUGACGGAGACUAUAUGCCAAGCAACUACAGCUCUUACCUGGGAAACGACGAUCAAAUGUUUUGGGGCCUUGCAGCUAUGACAGCUGCCGAGUACGGAUUUCCGGAUCGCUCAACUGGAUUCUCUUGGCUUUCACUGGCACAGGGUGUAUUCAAUACCCAGGUCAAAAGAUGGGAUACGUCCUCAUGUGGGGGUGGAUUGCGCUGGCAAAUUUGGCCAUACCAGAGUGGCUAUGGAAUGAAAAAUUCUAUUUCCAAUGGUGGCUUAUUCCAAUUAUCUGCACGCUUAGCUCGAUAUACCGGGGAUGCGAUUUAUCUCCAGUGGGCUAACAAGAUUUGGGAUUGGUCGGUCUCAUCACCUCUCUUGAGUAACACGACAUGGAACGUCGCCGAUUCCACUAACGUCAACGAUGAUUGUGCAACCCAGGGCAAUGCUCAGUGGACAUAUAACUACGGCACGUACUUAGCGGGCGCGGCUUAUAUGUAUAACUAUACAAGCGGAACCGCACAAGAUCAAUGGCAGACAGCCGUCAAUGGGCUUUUAAACAAAACCUUCGAAACAUUCUUCCUCACAGGCAAUAUCAUUGAAGACUUCAACUGCGAGCCCUCGGAGACCUGCAACGACAAUGAAAUUCUGUUCAAAGGACUCACUUCCUCGUGGCUAGCGUUGACUGCUGUGCUAGUCCCGUCAACGUUUGACAGUAUUUUAGCAAGGCUGCAAACCUCCGGUGCAGCCGCCGCGGCAUCCUGCACUGGCCAUAACAAUGGUACCUGUGGUGUUAGGUGGUAUAAGUCAGAAUACGAUGGUUGGCUUGGAAUGGAAGAAGAAAUCAGCGCCACAAACGUAUUUCUUGCCAACAUGAUUAAUUUCAAUAAGACGGCCCCGGUCACUUCGACAACUGGUGGAAACAGCACCAGUAAUCCUACGGCUGGUGAAGACGACAGUGAUGCGUCGAGUGGAAAGACAACAGUCAUCACAACGGGUGACCGGGCAGGUGCUGGCAUACUUACUGCUGUCUUCGUGGCUGGUUGGAUUGGCCUGAUGGGCUUCAUGGUAGUCGGUGGCUAA